AUGUCCAAGAAGGGCACCAGCAGCCGCGCGAGGGGGGAGAAGCCGGACGCCUUGGCCGCCCUGCAGGCUGCCAACGAAGAGCUCAGGGCCAAGCUCACCGACAUCCAGAUAGAGCUCCAGCAAGAAAAGAGUAAGGUCAGCAAGUUGGAAAGAGAGAAAAAUCAGGAAGUUAAGCAGAUCAAAGAGCACGAACAGCAUAAAAGUACAGUGGUGGUAACGGAGCUCAAAGUCAAACUUCAUGAAGAGAAGAUGAAGGAGCUCCAAGCUGUUCGAGAAGCACUUUUGAGACAGCAUGAAGCUGAACUACUUAGAGUAAUAAAAAUUAAAGAUAAUGAAAUCCAGAGACUACAGACCCUUCUCAAUGCUGUGCGCGAUGGGGCUCCUGACAAGGUGAAAACAGUGCUGCUCACGGAGGCCAAGGAGGAGGCCAAGAAGGGGUUUGAAGUUGAGAAAAUAAAAAUGCAGCAAGAAAUUUCAGAACUGAAGGGGGCUAAGAAACAAGUGGAAGAGGCUUUAACUAUGGUCAUCCAAGCUGACAAAAUCAAAGCAGCGGAGAUAAGGAGUGUGUAUCACCUGCAUCAAGAGGAAAUCAGCAGAAUUAAGAGAGAGUGUGAGAGAGAAAUUCGUAGACUGGUACGUGUUGCUAUGUGCUUCUGUGUUUUUACUAACGCCUAUGUUACUGAUAAGCAUGCAGUGUCUCAGUAUAAACUCACCCGCGUCUCCUCUGAGUCAUUAUCCCACGACUGUUAUCCAAAUCCUAAACCAAAUCUAACACUGCACAGCCAGCCUGGUGCCAAGGCGAUGCGUGGCAGCAUAGCCAUGCCCACCCUGCAGAACCUGCCCACCGCGGAGCCGCUGCGGCACCGUCCUAGGAGCCCGAGCGACCGCCACCGACGGCCGCAGCCCGCGCCGCUCUGUUCGUCCGUCCGUGUUACGUGCCCCCCGUUGAGCCACCCGGCCUCUCGGACUUCAGCCUGUUAA